AUGCUUCAGCCAAUAUUCGACCUUCUGAUCAUCAUCAUACAAUACCUCCUGUCAGGAUCGCUGAAAGGUGUCAACGUCAUGUACCAAAAUGCCAUGCUAUGGGCAAACGGCUCGACUCCAAUAGAAUUGCUGGCUAAGGAGAUUGAUGAUGCCCUUUGCUACAAUUCCGAUGGCCAGGAGUUCCUACCUGAAGAUAAGAUAAGGUACUUCACUCAAGAAGAGAAAAUCUUAUCUGUCAUCGGUGACGCAAAGUUGUUCGGGAGUAUGGCUGAGCUCAUCACUUUUAUCUCGAACGAGGCGCCGAGAUUAUUCCUUAUCCUUGUUUUGAUGGAGAGUGAACCCCUGGAAGAGCGACUCAAAGACUUCCGAAACGAGAAUUUUGUUGAUUCUGUGUUGCCGAUCAAACUCGACCAAAACUAUCUCGCGACAACGUUACGUGUACAAGAGCCAGUCAAUCUUACCCGAUAUUCAGUCUUCACCCAGUGGGGGCGAGAACGGAGACGUUCAUUCACGAGUUCUCAAUGGUUUUUCACAGCUCCUGUUUUUGGCACAUCGAAAUUCCAUUUGCAGCUCGCUGCGGCACAGAGAUUGCCAUUUCUGGACGUCGCACCACGACCUGCGAGUAGUGGCUAUUUUGGGGAGGUUACCAAAGUUAUCAUUCACGCCAAACACGUUGAUCCAUCGGCAAAGCUCUCUGUUUUUCCGUGGUCUCCAAGAUCAUCGGGCAAGGAUAAAAUCCCUCUUCCAAUAGAAGCCAUAGCAGUUGCGGUUAAGAAAACCAAGGAAGGCGACGACGAUCCUAAGUUUAGCCGCGCCGCAUUUUUCGAUAAGGAGGUCAGGAAUCUAGACAUUCUGCGAAACUACCGCUCACCGCAUCUUAUCAAGCCAAUCGCAGGCUACCAGAUCGGCCAAAACAGAUGUUUGAUGUUUCCUUGGGCAGAUGGAGGUAAUCUCGGCCGUUAUUGGGAGGAGCAUCCAUCACGUGCUCGAGAUAGAACACAUGUCCUAUGGCAGCUUCAUCAAUUUGUGGAGAUCUGUGGCGCGCUGGAAGAGCUUCAUGGAAGCAAUUGCCGGCACGGUGAUCUGAAGCCUGAGAACAUCCUUUGGUUCGAUCCUGAAGACAAGCAGGGAGGUACACUGCAGAUCGCAGACUUGGGUCUCGCCACCUUCCAUGUAAAAGAAGCAAACACAAGAGAUCGCAAAGGAAUGCCUACCCAGACACCCUCGGGUACUUCGCGAUACGAGCCACCUGAGAUGGAUGCGCAGCGUAAUACAGAUGAAGCACGAUCACGUCAAUACGAUAUCUGGUCCCUAGGAUGUGUCGUGUUUGAACUCCUCUUGUGGCUUGCAUAUGGGCCUAGCGAUAUCACAAUCUUUAGGGACAAUACGCCCUACUUUUGGCAGAGGGGAAACAAACGCGAGCAUGCCAGAUACAUAGUCCACGAAUAUGCCGUUGCGAUUAUGGAAUCCCUGGACACCCAAUUCAAGGCCCACUCAGCUUACAAAGAUCUUCUUGAUCUUGUGCGAUACCGACUCUUGGUGGUCAAGUACUCUGAGGAUUACAACCUUGUGGCGGACGACUGUCGAGCGAGCGCAGCUAAAGUGCAUCAGUGCUUUGAGGGUAUUUAUCAGAGCUGUGCGCGAAACGAGAAAGACUACCUGACGCCCCUCGAAGAAAGGCUGCAGUAUCCCAAAAUCGAGCUUCACAGUCAAGCAACUCAGCGAAAUGGAGCUCAACACAAUGAAGUUCAUGAAAAGGAUGGCAAACUUGCCGUCCCUGGGCAAAAUCCUAUCACUAAGCCUACUGUAGAAACAAAGCAGACCCCAGAAGAAACUUCGAUUCCAGAACUGGAAGAGAGCUUGACUCAUGAAGCAUCAGACGAUCGAACUUCAGAAUUGCCAGUCGAGUUUCGCUUCAAUCUCCGCCAGCCAACCUUUCCUCAACAUCUCGGCAACCAGAACAGUCAGGCGUCACAAGCCUCCAAUCAUCAAGAAGCCUUGCAGAUGGGCCUAAUCUUCUUUCUCUAUAUCGUACAUUCGAUCCGGACAUACCAGUUCCCGAAGGCGCACAACUAG